AUGGAAGACACCUCUAACCUUAAUCGCCGCCGUGAAACCAUAGCCAAAUCCAACUCCCGCAAGACUAAUAAUCACAGUAUGGAGGAAGGUAAUGACUCCGAGAUGUGGAACUCUUUUUCCAACAAUUAUAGACAAGUGCAGUCGGUGUUGGAUCGAAACAAAUUGUUGAUUCAACAGGUUAACGAGAACCAUCAGUCGAGAUCGCAUGACAGUAUGGUGCAGAACGUGGGCCUAAUUCAGGAGCUGAACGGCAACAUAUCUAAAGUUGCUUCCCUCUAUUCUGAUUUCAAUACGGACUUCACAACAAUGGUUCAUCAACGAAAGAAUGGCGUUUGA